GUCCUGAGUCGCAACAAUAAACAGAAUUUUAUCCAAGCGGUUCUUACAAGCAACUGUGGACAAACAUAACAUGACGAUCUCGUUGUAUUAAGCAACAGAUUGUUUUUCGAUUUCGUCCAAAUAAACUGGUUCAUGAAAACCACAAGGAUUACGCCAGUUGAGUCAACAAGGGAGAGUGAAGAACUCCUCAGUCAGCUAAGUUUCACGCCGCCGCCGCCGCCUCAUCCUGCAAGCCUGCUGUUGACAAUAAACCAUGAUCCAAGAAACAAGGUCGUUCCUACUCGAUCCACUUUCUAGGGUUUUAAUUCUUUCUUCUUUCCUUUCAACUUCGAUUCUGCGCUGUGUCUUAAAGUUGACAUCUUGAGAAAGGUGAAGCAUUUCUCAGUCUAGUCUACAAUUGGCCGUCGACUCCUGCUUCCCGUAAACCCUUACCAAAGCAGUAAGAUCGAUGGAGUACACUUCAAGUGAGGAUGAUGAGCUUAUAGAGGACUACGUAGAUCUAGAAGAAGAUAUCAUGACCUCUGACGUCGAGCAACAGGCCGGGGAAGUUGCUGCCAGCCUUCAUUUCUUCAACCACCAGGAUAAUUCUUUGUCUUUAGUCCAUACCAUUGGAAAUGAGCUCAUUGUAUCCGAGGCAGAUGUGAAGAGUCAGGACCCUCAUCUAGGAAUGGAAUUUGAAUCUGAUACUGUUGCCAGGUUGUUUUACAAUGCUUAUGCGCUACGCCUAGGGUUUGGCAUUCGGGUCGCGAGGUCGCGCAGCGAGAGACGAAAGGGGAUUGAGGUUUUGGUCAUGAAGAGAUUUGUUUGCUUGAAGGAAGGCCAUCACAAAAAGAAGGUCACCGAAUUGGCUAACAAAAAGAAGAGGAAGCGUCUCUCUAUAAGGGAUGGAUGCCCGGCGAUGAUGGAGGUGGUUCGCCGAGGUGCAGAUAGAUGGGUUAUUACUAAAUUAGUGUUGGAGCACACCCAUGUCGUUGUUAGUCCAGAUAAAGUGCGUGAGAUCCAGCUUAACCAGUUGACAGGGAAGGAUCGGGAGCAUGAAAACUUACUAAGAGAGAUGAGGCAGAAGAUUUUUGGGGAAGGAGGUGCCCAGGGCCUCCUAGAACAUUUCAAGAAAGUCCAAGCUGAGAAUUCUGGUUUUUUCUAUUCAAUGAAUGUAGAUGAUAGGAAUUGUCUGGCUAACAUAUUUUGGGCUGAUUCAAGAGCUCGAAUUGCUUACAAGUACUUUGGUGAUGCGGUUGUAUUUGAUACAACAUACAAGAAGAAUGAGAAUAUGAUGCCAUUUGCUGCAUUCAGCGGUGUCAAUCACCAUCUACAUCCAGUUAAUUUUGGAUGCGCUUUAAUAAUAGACAAGACUGAAUCCUCUUAUGCUUGGUUGUUUGAGACUUGGUUAACCGCAAUGUCGGGACGCCAUCCAAUCUCGUUAACCACCGAUCAAGGCAAGGCCUUGGGGGCUGCUGUCGCCAAGGCAUUCCCUACUACUCGCCAUAGGAUCUGCAAAUGGCGAGUCUUAUCUAGAUGCAAGAAGAAGCUCGCCGAUGUUUACUCCAGGUAUCCUAAUUUGCCAGAAGAGCUCAGAAAAUAUGUUUUGGAGUGUGAAACAUCUGAUGUGUUUGAAGCUUGUUGGAAGCUGGUUCUUGAUAAGUAUAAUCUCAGAGAGAAUUCAUGGCUACAGUUAGUAUACAAUAUUCGUAACAAAUGGGUUCCUGCAUAUCUGAAGGACUCAUUCUUUGCAGAAUUACACACCACUCAAAGAUCAGAAAGUAUAAACACUUUCUUCCGAAAGAACUUUGACACAAAGAUCUCUUUGCAAGCUUUCAUCUCUAAGUUUGAUCAAGCCAUGGAUAAUCGUUAUGAGAAGGAAUUGCAGGAAGAUUUUGAUGCAUUGCGUUCCCAACAGAUUCUGAAGACAGACUCACAUAUGGAGAAACAAACAGCCGGCAUUUACACGAGGGCGGUAUUCGAAAGAUUUCAGGCAGAAUUAGUUGAAGCCUUGGAUCACUACACAGAAAAAAUUCAAGAUGGUGCUAUCAGCAAAUAUACCGUCGAAAGGCAUGGAGAUGAUCAUAUUCAUAGAAGGCACAUUGUUGCUUUUAAUGAGUCGGAGAAGAAAGCAGUCUGUACUUGCUACAAGUUUGAAUCCUCAGGCAUAUUAUGUAAGCAUGUUCUUGUAGUCUUCUUUUUCAACGGUGUAGUUUUACUUCCAGAACAUUAUAUUCUGAAGCGGUGGACGAAGAAGGCAAAGAGUGGAAUUGUCUUUGAUGAAGGCGAUGUGGAAACUCAAAGUUACUGUCAAGAAUCUCCCACUUUAAGAUAUCAUGAUAUUUUCCAUGAUGCUUUAAAGGUUGCAGAGAAGGGAGCAGCAUCAAUAGAGACUUAUAAGUUUGCAAAAGAAGUGCUACUUAAAGCUUUUUCAGAAAUUGCUGGCCUCGAGGAAGAGACAUCAUGUUUUGAUCUGUUGCUUCAAGAACUGAGCCUGAGGUUUAUUGGGCAAUCUCAAGGAAAACUGUAAGCUAUUGAAUGAUGCACUUAAGAGGGCUUGAUAUUUCUGCGGUGCAGGAACCAGCUCUUUAUAGAUAUGGUGAGUUGAAAUGGUUUGCUUUUACGAGUUCUUCAUCUUCCCUGAGAAGAAGAUGCUGUAAAUAUUUUUAGAAUUACAAUUUUCUUUUAUAAGCUGCUAUUAUCAUCUACUGUUAUUUAUGAACUGUAACUCCCCUUUUUAUUAUUAUAUUACUUGGCAGAUCCUAUUCUGGUUGUAAAACAACUUUGUACUAGUGGCAUUUAAUUCCUUCA